UGUCAUCAGGUCGUGUGUCCAUGUGACACCCUUCUAGGUGUCAGGGACACAGGAGUGAACGAAACAGAUGCAUUCCCUAUCUUCUGGUGCUCACAGCUCAGGAAUUAACGAAUCUCAUGAACAAAUGGUCAGGGAGGGCUUCCCAGAGGAAUGGACAUGAGCUGGGAUCGCAGGUGGGCAGGAGUUAACCAGGCAAAGAGGGGAGGGAAGGGGUCAGCGCUUGGCACUGGGAAGCAGAGUUUGUGCACUGUGGGAAGUUAACUAAAUUCUCAGAACCUGGGUUUCCUGUUCUGUGAAAUGGGGUCAUAAUGACGGUGCUGGGAACUUGAGGGCUACUGACUCCCACAGUGGGUUUGUGAGUAUUUCUGAGCGCCUAGUGUCCCUGAAGCAUAGAUUUGGUGGUUGUUUUAGUAGGUGCUUACGGUGUGGCAGGCGCGGCACUGGCCGCUGGAACACGUGCUCUCUGCUCCAGCAUCCCCAUUUCACAGGUGAGGAAACCGAGGCUGUGACCCAUCCACUUUCGCAUCACGCGGUUGCUAAAUGUGGAGCUUGGAACUUGAACCCUGCUCUGGGGGCCCCGAAGCUGGCUUGGUUGGCCAGAAGUAGGCCCCAGGCUCCAGAUCUGGGGACCCAGUGUGACUCGGAUGCCCUUUCUCCUCCAGCUAACGUCCAGGGUAGCUGGACCUGAGGCAGACUCAUGUUUCCAGGUCCCUGAAAGAGGCUCUGUUGCAGCUCCUGCCGGGGGCUGGCGGCCAACCACAUCUGGGAGUGGCCACCCUGAACCCCUGUCAUUACAACGGUGGCUUUGAAGAAGCUGGCAGCAGUGCUGUUUGCCCACGUGGGAGGGGGCUUCCUGGAGCCGGCCUGACUCCCCUCCUGUUCCCUUGCAGGCAGAGCAGUGCAGACAGGUCCAGGGGCAGCAUGGCGGAUCCCAGCGAAGGCCCCCGUGCGGGGCCUGGGGAGGUAGCCGAGCCCCCCGGGGAUGAGAGUGGCAUCCCCGGCGGGGAGGCCUUCCCCCUCUCUUCGCUGGCCAACCUGUUCGAGGGGGAGGACGGCUCCCCAUCGCCCUCUCCGGCUGACAGCGGUCGCCCCACCGGCCCAGGCGAUGGGCGACCAAACCUGCGCAUGAAGUUCCAGGGCGCCUUCCGCAAGGGGGUGCCCAACCCCAUCGACCUGCUGGAGUCCACCUUGUAUGAGUCCUCAGUGGUGCCUGGGCCCAAGAAGGCGCCCAUGGACUCGCUCUUUGACUAUGGCACCUAUCGCCAGCACCCCAGUGACAAGCGGUGGAGGAGGAAGGUCAUAGAGAAGCAGCCACAGAGCUCCAAAGCUCCCACGCCCCAGCCGCCUCCCAUACUCAAAGUCUUCAACCGGCCUAUCCUCUUUGACAUCGUGUCUCGGGGCUCCACCGCUGACCUGGACGGGCUGCUCCCCUUCUUGCUGACCCACAAGAAGCGGCUGACUGAUGAGGAGUUCCGGGAGCCAUCCACGGGGAAGACCUGCCUGCCCAAAGCCCUGCUGAAUCUGAGCAACGGCCGCAACGACACAAUCCCUGUGCUUCUGGACAUCGCUGAGCGCACGGGCAACAUGCGCGAAUUCAUCAACUCGCCCUUCCGGGACAUCUACUACCGAGGCCAGACCGCCCUGCACAUCGCCAUCGAGCGCCGCUGCAAACACUACGUGGAGCUUCUGGUGGCCCAAGGUGCCGAUGUUCACGCCCAGGCCCGGGGACGCUUCUUCCAGCCCAAGGAUGAGGGAGGCUACUUCUACUUUGGUGAGCUGCCCCUGUCGCUGGCGGCCUGCACCAACCAGCCCCACAUCGUCAACUACCUGACAGAGAACCCGCACAAGAAGGCGGACAUGCGGCGCCAGGACUCCCGUGGCAACACAGUGCUGCACGCACUGGUGGCCAUCGCUGACAACACUCGCGAGAACACCAAGUUCGUCACCAAGAUGUACGACCUGCUGCUGCUCAAGUGUGCCCGCCUCUUCCCCGACAGCAACCUGGAGGCCGUGCUCAACAACGACGGCCUCUCGCCCCUCAUGAUGGCCGCCAAGACGGGCAAGAUUGGGAUCUUUCAGCACAUCAUCCGUCGGGAGGUGACAGACGAGGACACCAGGCAUCUGUCCCGCAAGUUCAAGGACUGGGCCUAUGGGCCAGUGUAUUCCUCACUCUAUGACCUCUCCUCCCUGGACACGUGUGGGGAAGAGGCCUCUGUGCUGGAGAUCCUGGUGUACAACAGCAAGAUCGAGAAUCGCCACGAGAUGCUGGCCGUGGAACCCAUCAAUGAACUACUUCGGGACAAGUGGCGAAAGUUUGGGGCCGUUUCCUUCUACAUCAACGUGGCCUCCUAUCUGUGCGCCAUGGUCAUCUUUACCCUCACCGCCUACUACCAGCCGCUGGAGGGCACUCCGCCAUACCCUUACCUCACCACGGUGGACUACCUGAGGCUGGCCGGCGAGAUCAUCACGCUCUUCACCGGGGUCCUGUUCUUUUUCACCAACAUCAAAGACUUGUUCAUGAAGAAAUGCCCUGGAGUGAAUUCUCUCUUCAUCGAUGGCUCCUUCCAACUACUCUACUUCAUCUACUCUGUGCUGGUGAUUGUCUCGGCGGCCCUCUACCUGGCGGGGAUUGAGGCCUACCUGGCCGUCAUGGUCUUUGCCUUGGUCCUGGGCUGGAUGAACGCCCUUUACUUCACCCGUGGGCUGAAGCUGACGGGGACCUAUAGCAUCAUGAUCCAGAAGAUCCUCUUCAAAGAUCUUUUCCGCUUCCUGCUGGUCUACUUGCUCUUCAUGAUUGGCUACGCUUCAGCCCUGGUCUCCCUCCUGAACCCGUGUGCCAAUGUGAAGAUGUGCAGCGAGGACCACACCAACUGCACAGUGCCCACGUACCCCUCGUGCCGUGACAGCGAGACCUUCAGCACCUUCCUCCUGGACCUCUUCAAGCUGACCAUCGGCAUGGGCGACCUGGAGAUGCUGAGCAGCACCAAGUACCCCGCGGUCUUCAUCACCCUGCUCGUCACCUACAUCAUCCUCACGUUCGUGCUGCUCCUCAACAUGCUCAUUGCCCUCAUGGGCGAGACGGUGGGCCAGGUGUCCAAGGAGAGCAAGCACAUCUGGAAGCUGCAGUGGGCCACCACCAUUCUGGACAUCGAGCGCUCCUUCCCUGUGUUCCUGAGGAAGGCCUUCCGCUCCGGCGAGAUGGUGACCGUGGGCAAGAGCUCAGACGGCACUCCAGACCGCAGGUGGUGCUUCAGGGUGGAUGAGGUAAACUGGUCUCACUGGAACCAGAACUUGGGCAUCAUUAACGAGGACCCCGGCAAGAACGAGAACUACCAGUAUUACGGCUUCUCGCACACCGUGGGCCGCCUCCGGAGAGAUCGCUGGUCCUCGGUGGUGCCCCGCGUGGUGGAGCUGAACAAGAACUCGAACCCGGACGAGGUGGUGGUGCCUCUGGACAACGUGGGGAACCCCAGCUGUGACGGCCACCAGCAGAGUUAUCCCCCCAGGUGGAGGACUGACGACGCCCCCCUCUAGGGGCUGCAGGCAGGAGUAGGGUCCCUUCCACCGCCCAUUUCUAGUCCACCCGCAUUUCAGCGGCGCCUCCUGGGGUGUCCCCCGCACCCUUGUUCGACCCCCAGAGGUGAGGGCCAGGUGGAGAUGCCAGGGAGGCCCCAGGACCCUCUGGUCCCCAGGCUCCUGCCUCCAGCCCCACCUCCCCACCCGGGCACGAGGCUCCUGGCCGCCUGUCUCACUCCCAUGGAGUCACAUAAGCAACACCAGUUUCUCCGCCCACCAGGGCUCAGACCCUGGCCUCUCCAUUAUUUAUUUGCUCUGUUCUCAGGAAAGUGGCACCACCUCCACCCCCAACCGGAGCCUGGCAGAGGCCUCGGGCCGCCGUCCCAGGUGCACUGCCGCCGGCUAAGCCCCCGGCCCCGCCCCACGCUGUGGCCGCACAGACCACCCUGGGCUGAAGUAGGUGGCUUUGCUGAAGGGCCGGGCACUCGGGGUGGGGCUGCGCCUUCUGUGCGUUCUGUAGGGGAUUGUUGGUGCUCAAUAAAUGUUCACUGAUGGUGGA